AUGUUCACCGACUGGCUGGAUGCGGGGCCGCUGGACUACAGCAGCCUGGCAGGGGCCUUUGCUCCCUGGGCACGGGGCGCCGCGUCGGACGCCCAGGCUUCCGAUGAUCGAAGCCCAACAUCGGACAGCGACACAGAUGGGUCGCCUGCACCUGAGGAGGCCGCCAAGAAGGCGGCUGCCCGGGCAGCGCCCGUGGAGGAGCCCGGGCAGGAGGUGCGCCAACGUCGCCGCCUUCUGCCUGAGUGGCUGAAGCGAACUACCCAGUCAGAGGGUGAGGAGGCAGCAGCCAGCCCUGCGACUUGCACGGUCUCCACCGACGGUUCUGAGGUGCACAUCAGCGGUCCUCUUAUCCGAGUGAAGGGUUGGUGGCGCAAGGGCCCCCGCUUUGACCAGCGCUUUGCGGAGAUUCGGACUGGCGAAAAGAACCAGAUCGAGCUGAUCUGGAGUCGCACGGAGAAGGGGCUGAAGAGGAUCCCUUUGCAGGGCGUUACUUUGGAGCCCUUCGCCCUGGAGGGCCUCUUCGGCUUCCGUCUCCUUCCGCUUCCGCAGGCCCGAGCCUUCUGGGGAAGUCUGGUCUCAGUGGCAGGCAUAGAACCUGGGAGCUUUCCGCAGACCGUGCUGCUCUUGGCAUCGCGAUCAAGAGGUGUAGGAAAGUGCUCCGUGAGACUCGUGACAUCUUCAACAAUGUGCGGGCAGUCGUGA